AAGUAGACCACGCAAGAUUCGUAGUAAAAUUUCUUUCAACAAAAUCGGUUAUUCACCCUCAAGAUGUUUGAAUAGCUGUUGCUAUAGCGAUGCGAUUGAUCAAAUACGAGAUAAGUUUUCCCGCAUACAUUUACUGUGGUUUUGGUUUCAUUACACUUUCACUCAGUUGCUUCUAGUCUUUGAAAUAUAGUGGCUGUGAUUUAAAUGCUUUCGUAUUGAUUUUUGAACUUGCAGAGGUAAGUGUUUCAACUGUUGCAAUAAACCCACAAUAAGUACAUACACCGACAACAGUAUUGAUUGUCACUUCCAAGUCUACACUUUUUGGAACGACGGAAAUUUCUUUUCCAGUUUUCAGUAAUAUACACGAUAUUGCUGGUAAAACUUGUCGCUAGUUGUACAAUGAAAUGUCCACGUACGUAGACAAGCCUUUGUCGUUGAUAGAGAGAAAAAAACUGCAGUGGGCACGAGAAAAAGAACUAGCGGGUUUGUGCGCACCCUGGGGCAACAAAGAUUCUCAAACGUGCGACAGGUCAUUCCAAAGAAACAGACAUGUUCCUAAGCUUGCGAUGGCCAACAACGAGUUCUUCCGUAAAGACUUCACCAUCACGCGUCGCUCGAGUCUACCUCCUUUAUCGAAGACCCAGUACAACUCCGCCGAAAGGGAGCUGGGAGGCGAAACCUCAGGUUAUGGUAGCGACAAUCCUAACCAAAACCCAGAACUCCAACCUUCCAACAACUGGAACCAAUCAGGGUACGAGUCAUCUUCCAGUUUCAAAGACGAUAGACCGAAAUGGAAGGACAAGAACAAGUUCUGGGACGUCAACGAGAACGAUCCGCCCAAUUGGGUUAAAAGAGGUCUACAAACCGACGAGGAAAUCGUAGUAACGAAUACGUCCCCCGCGGAGUCUCCGCAACAAGACGAAGAAGCGGAACGGCCGUACACGAGCGGUGGCGGUUUCAAUCGAACUUUCAUUCGAGGCCAAAACAUUCCAGUCGACUCCACGGAACUCGCCGAACGCGAACGUCGUCGACAAAUCGCUCUUGCUCACCAGGAAGCCAUCAGGCAGCAGCUGGAGGAGCGGGAGCGGUGGCGCCAGGAGGAGAAGCAGAAGCGGAUUAAAGAGGAGCAAGAGGAGGAGCUACGCAUCGAACGCGAACAAGAAAUAGAAAGAAGAAGAAAAGAAAAUGAGUUGCGGCUUAUUCGUGAAAAGCAAGAGCGCGAACGCAAGAGGAAGGAAGCUCUGCAGGAAGCGCUGGAAAUAGCGGAGAAGGAAGCCAAGCUCGAGAAGAUCAAGCAGAAGAUGAAGAAGCAGAAUAACGUUGUGGAGGAGCCUGAGAUUGUCACUCAUAAUGUUAUACACAACGACUUGGAGGCAGGAACUCGGGAAAAAGACAAAGUAAGCGAAGAAAGUGAAACGAAGAAGAGCAACAUCGAGCAGCAGAAUAACAACAGUGUAGUGAUUUCACCGAGGCAAGAAGUAUUAAAUAAUGAAAUUAACCACAGCAGUAACAAUAGCAAUAACUUGGAAGUUACCGGCAGACGUUUACCUACCCCUAGAAACAACGAAAGGUCGCUGACUCCUAGACACAACGAACGACCAGAAACUCCUAGAAACACAAAAUCGUCUUGUUCUUUCCAAGUUUUGGCGACUCCACGAGCAGAGAUGGCGUUAGUACUGCAAACGCCUUUGGAAGUGCUGCAGAAUAUGCAGUACGCGGUGCUAAUGCCCAGUUUAGGUGGUAACAACGCUAUACCAAUUGCCAUUCCACUAGCCGUUUCACCCGAAAAAACCAACGAAAGUUACACCUCAAGAACGGAGAAUCGCAUUCUAACGCCAACACAGUACCGAAGCAAAAAUAAAACACUUUGUGAUAGUAGUACACAAACAGAACACGACCACAACAGCAAAUCAGAAGGGAUUGACACUUGCAGCAACAACCACAAGUACAUAAGAGAAAAACUCACAAAUCUGGAGCUGAACUACGACAAUCGAACAAGAAAAGAAAGACGAAGCAGAAGCGAUGAUCGCAGCAUGGAGGAAAAACCAAAAUGGGGGGCCAACAGACCACCAACAAGAUAUAUGAAACAAAGCGAAAAAGAUCCGUUUUACCAAAGACGAAAACUUCGCCAAAAAGCACGAGAGUACAAGAAUUCGAGCGACGAGAGCCAAACCGGAAGCCCGAGAUCAUACAGGAAGAAGAAUUAUGUCGAAAAACGACAAACUCGAGCUCUUUGGCGAAAAAACGACCACUUUUUCUCUAGAAACAUUCGUAUGUACCAAACAGAGAUAGUUCCAUUAGAGUCCGACAAAGAACAAAUCUACUACCCACACAAAUGCGAGUGUUGCUGUAGAUGUCGCUGCGGUGAAACUAAAACCGAGAUUCUCAAAAUCGAGCACACCUCUCCACGCGACCGAUUGCCCGACUGCAAUGAAAACCUUGAAAAUACCACUUACAUCAUAGACAAACUGACAUCCCUGCACAACGGGCUAGUCAUGAAGCAGGAGCAGUGGGAACAUUCGCCCAGAACCCCCAGUCUUUCUUCCUCUACGCGAAACACCGAAAAUAAUUAA